CAACCAUGAUGGAGGCCGCUGUGGAGUUUUGGCACUGUUAAACUUGCGUUUUCGAACAAAUACAUAAAAAGAUAUUCAAUUUAUCUUUUUUACUUUUUAGUGAAUGUGCUUUUGAUUGAUCUUCUUUGAAUAGGAAUCAUGGCUGCACAAGUAAAGCUUCCUGACAUUCAGGGAAAGAGCAUUUAUGAAGGAAGAUUUGUUGACAGAGCUCCCGAGUGCAGAGCUGCUGGCAAGUUGACAUCUUCUGGUGAUACAACUGAACAGUGUUUGCGUCCAAAAGAUACACGGCCUCCAUCUCCUGAUGUGAUACGCAAGUUUCGGGCAACAGUGCGACCAGAUGCUGGUCAAAUGCGUGUCUUCUAUGGGAAGGCUUAUGACCCUCACCGUCAAUGGGCUGUAGAGAUGACCCAUGGUGUAAACACACAGCCUUCAAGCUCAUCAAAAGAAACUGUGAAUCCUCCUCCGAACACUUUAUUUCAACAAAGAAUUAUUGACAGGAAGGAGGGUUGCUACCAGAGCCACAUCAGAGCACCUCUAGGAAAAUCUCAUGAUCAAGCACAUGGCCUCCCUAAAGGCUUGGAUAAAACUCAAUUCACUUUUGGCAUCCCCACUCAGCUUGAUAUUGGAGCAGGAGGUUUGAUCAACCCCAACAAAAAUUAUGAAAGGGUUUUCAAAGAGGCUCAUGAGGGCCAUGAGAUUUAUGUUAAGUCUCAUGCUGACUACUACCCUUUGGAACGUGUCUGUCGCAGCUACACCAGCCCAAACUUUCACCCUCAGAAGUGCUAUGGAUUGCCCACCCCUCACUGCAAUGAUGGCAAGCGCACUAAAGAGACUCUGACUUGGAUUCAUGAGACACAAGGAGACAAGGCUGCCAAGAUUGUCAGUAAAAGACUUGAUGAUUUCCGUGAGAAGUCGCAGCCUCAGCUUGGGCAAGUGCAUGACCCGAUCAAGGAUACACUGCGUGUACCUCCUGACCACACCUUUGGCAUUCUGCACAAACCAGAUCCUUAUGGAGCGGGAGAUGUAAUCCACAACCGCAAGAUGGACAACAUCCUCCGGGGCAAGGAGAGCCAGAGAGCUAUAGUAGCUGCGAUGAGGCAACAGCUCAAGAAACUCAACUAUCACCACUUUGACAAUCUACUGGAGGCUUUCCGAUUUUAUGAUCAAGAAGGGAAAGGGAAGAUCACCCUUGACAAUCUCAGAACAGUUUGCAUCAAAUAUCGGCUGCCUAUUGACACCGAAAUCUUGGAGAGAGUUCUGGACUAUUGUGAUGCAGAUAGGGAUGGAAUGAUCAACUAUUUGGAGUUCGCCAACUUCUUGAACUGGAAGGAAAAGAUGCCCACCGGCCUAGAAGAACUUGGACCACCACCAAUGAUGAUCGGAGUUGACUCAUACACUCAGAAGUUUAUGAAAGACAGACCCCCUGCCAAGCUAGUGGAUGAGAAAGACUUGGUCCCCAAGACUCCCCAGUCCGGUGAGGUGACUCCGAGAACUGUUGAGAAGCAGAUUGACUUCAGUGUGGGUAACCACAGUACAAGCAAUGGCAUGUACAGCGCUGUGGUAGGACCAGGAGGCAUUAGCACACAGCAGUUCCGCACAUAUGGUGUGCCCACAAUUCGGUCAGAUCUGCCAGCACCCAGGGUGAAACGUGUCGACGAUCGGAAAAAUUAUGGGGACGAGGCUUUUGCCUAUGGGCUCAUGAAUCCAACAAUAUACAGUCAACACAAUGUUCAUGAAAGAGAUCUUCUGACGCCCAGAAGCUUAGAGGAGAUUCGGUCCAUCUUCACAAACAUUGGUGUUCGGAUGACUAGGGAAGAAAUGGAGAAUGCCUACAGAGUGGCUUCAGCAAACCACCCCUGUGGUUUUGUCAGUGUUGAGGCCUUCCGUAAUGUCCUCGAUGAGAUCCAGAUGCAACAGAUUCGGGCUGGCGCUCACCCUAUGGCCCUAGGAGAAGCUCUGUGAAGUGUCUUAGAAACAUGAAUAUAAUAAUUUCCCUUACGUGCAGGUGUCAUUGUAAAAAUAUCUAUACACAUGUGGUUGAAACAUUUUGAAUAUAUUUAUUUAUCUGUUUAGAUACAGAGUUCUGACAUCUGCUCUAUUGCUGAGCUGUUAGUUUUGUAGGGUUAUUUUUAGAGUUUUGAGCAGGUAUACUGUCAAGCAGAGUAAAUAUUUGAUAUAAUUUCUUAAUGCUAAUGCCAUUUCAUUCCGAGAUCGAGACCAUGAGUUGUAGCAGCUACUCAAAUCUGAAAUAUACAACCUCUGUGGGAAUGAAAUGCUGUUUAAAGUAUAUAUUAUUAAUGAAAGAUGCUUAUUUUAGGAAAAGAAUAUAAAUCAAGGUUUGUGGAGAAUUCAUAAAUUCAUUUGCUCAGUCAUUUUUGCCAUAGUUAUUUUAACUCUGGUGGCUAGGUGGAAAGGGUGUGCUCUGCAAUAGAAUGUCUCUCUGUUUUCUUAAAGUGAAGAGAUAAUAUUCACUACUUGAUAACAAAUGUUUAAAAAUGCUCAACAAUCAAACAAUGGGAAAGACUUCAACUGUGUGAAUAAUUCGUAAGAAGCGUUGGUGGAUAUGCUCCGAAUGUUCACCUAGUUUCAAGACGAAGAAUUUUGCUAAUGGAGAAACUUGAUUUUUUUACCUACUUUACAAACAGAGCAAUAAUUCAUUUAAAAGAAUCAGAAGUACAGCAAGCCAAGCUGUCAUUUUGUAUCAAUUUUCUACAAUUUAGAAACACUUUUGUAAAUAGACUACUGUACCAAGUUAAUAUUCAAUACAUAUGACACAGCUGCCUCUUCAUGUAGCACUGCAUUUUAUAUGGGUAUUUUUGCACCAAAUGUUAAACCAAAAUCGUCAAGAGUUUUGCUAAGUGAUCUUUUUUAAAAUCCACACAGAGUCCAACAUCUACUAAAUUGCUGAUGAUUACGUCAAUCACCAGAUUUUUGCAUUUAUGUUGAGAACAGUCUAUGUUCUUUUAAAAAGAUGUCUUGUGUUAUUGUUGAAUGUACAAAAAAGUCCAUGUAAUUCACAAGCACAUUCUUUUACGCCAUAUAUAAUGAUGCAUUAUGGAUAACUUUAAGUUCAUAACGGUGAAGAAAUGUCCAACAGUAUUUAAAUUAAAUCCAUUUAUUAGGAUUUACUUUGUAACAAAUGUUUGUGUGUCAUGUUUUAGACAGAAAGAAAUGUAAUGUAGAAACGUGUUACCAUAGCUAGCUUUUAGAUUUUAGGACAUCACUACCACAGUCUAUGGGAAGUGGACUUUGCUUAAAAAGAACUGUUAUAAAAUUAUUUUCGUAUCCCGUUUUAGAUCUCCUGCACCAUAGUGAAAAAAAUAACUGAAACUAAUAUAACAAUUGUUUGUGGAUAAAUAGGCUGGGAUUUUUAUCCACGUCCUCUUGACAACAUUUUAAGCAAAGCCUACUAGACUAUAUUUUGAAUAUUAUUUUCCAAUUCAUUAGAUGUCUCAGUAUUACAUUAAGAUUAAUCAAAAUGUAUUCAGGUUUACAAUCAUUCUGAAUUGUUGUAUUGCUCAUCUGCAAAAUGCCUCAACGAACUAUUUCAAUAUACUCAAGCUCAUCAUACUCUGAAAGAAAUUUGGAUUCUCUGCGUUGAAGCCAUUCCAAUGUAAUACAGUUUUGAAUCGACAGGCAAAAGGAUUUAUCAGCAUGAUAGCUGAUGUGUUUUUUACUGAUAAAUAUUUUUGUUUAUAUUUUAAGAACAAUUCAGCAUUACUGUUACAAUUUAGUUUCCUUUUUUUUAGACAUAUAUUUUCUAUUUGCCCUUUAGUGCACUUCCAAUUUAAAACACUUUUCGUCUUUUUUGAUAUUAUAUGAUCCAUGUGAGAACAGCAGAUAAUUUCAGUAUUAGUCAGGUGCAAAACAGCAUUAUUGAUUGGAUGACUUGCUCUCAAGCACAUUAUGUGAAAGAUAUAUGAAACAGACCCAGCAUUACUUACCUGGCCUCACAGUAUAUACUGUUGUGCACGAUAACAUUGCUCAACUCAUAAGAACGUGCAGCAUUAAUGUUGGUACAAAAUCCUAUUCUUUAUUAAGAAAUUUGGUUAAAAUUGAGUCAGUGGUACCAGUAUUCAAUUUAGUAUAUAAUUGUAAGUCUUGAGAUAUAAACAUGAAUCAGCAUUGAUAUCAGUAAUUCUUUGUUAUAACUAUCUCUACAAUACACACACAUAAAGUUAGUGUAUCAACAUACUCUAUCAAUAUUGAAUUUUUCCAUUUUAUUCUUAAAUACUAUCUGAAGUAAUAUUUAUUUUCCUGGGGUACUGAGCUAAAAUUAUCUCGUCAUACUCAACAGAUCAUGUAUUGUCCCUUGGAUAAGGAAGAUUUAAAAAGAGAGAGUAUAUAUAUAUAU